UCGAAACUAUCUACUUCGACAUCCUGUUCGACAUUUUCCGUCCGGAUCAGAACGUUUUUACUCCACUCCCCCAAAGAAGCUUCCAGAAACGGAUUCGUUUGCUAUGAAUCUCUUCAGAGGUCGAUUAAGUGUUGGGGAAAUGUUGCCGUUCCCAAAAGUACUGAAAGAGGAACAAACUCAGCGCUUGCAAGAAAUGGUUGGUCCAACCGCAAAAUUUCUUGAGUCCGAGGUGGAUGCCGCUAAAAAUGACUUGCAAGGCAAAUUUGAUGAAAAAGUACUAUCUAUGCUAGGGGAGUUAGGUGUCUACGGUCUACAGGCUCCGGAGAUAUACAAUGGCUCCGGGCUUAAUAACACUGAGUACGCUCGUUUGGUGACUCUUGUCGGGCACUCUGAUCUUUCCCUCGGUGUCCAUCUGGGAGCCCAUCAAAGCAUUGGCUAUAAAGGCAUACUUUUGUAUGGCACGGAAAAGCAGAAGGCAAAGUAUGUACCUGAUUUGGCUGCUGGAAAGAAGUUCGCCGCCUACUGCUUGACGGAGCCCGACUCGGGCUCGGAUGUGUCUUCCAUCCAGGCAAAGGCCGAGUUGUCUCCCGAUGGUAAACAUUACAUCUUAAAUGGUACCAAAGUAUGGAUUAGCAAUGGCGGAUUGGCCGAUAUCUUCACUGUAUUCGCCAAGGUUCCAGUCGAAAAUGUUUUGGGCCCAGUUGGUGAAGGUUUCAAGAUAGCCGUCAACAUUCUCAACCAAGGACGUUUCUCCAUGUCCGCUGUUCUCUCUGGAACCAUGCGCGAGGUCAUUAAACAGACUUUACAAUAUACGUCGCAACGAAAGCAAUUCGGUCGCACCCUGAAUGAAUUUCAAAACGUUCAGGAAAAAUUGACAAAUAUGGCCAUUCGCCAAUACGUCACGGAGGCAAUGGCUUACAUAUUAUCCGGAAUGAUGGAUUUGGGCGCAAAAGACUUCCAAGUCGAAGCGGCUAUGAGCAAAAUUUACUCCUCAGAGUCCGCCUGGUACUGCGUGGAUGAAGCGAUUCAAAUUCAUGGUGGUACCGGGUACAUGAAAGACACCAAUCUGGAGCGCAUUCUACGCGACCUACGUGUAUUCCGCAUCUUCGAAGGUGCCAAUGACAUCCUACGACUUUUUAUCUCUCUGACCGGGUUGAAUUACGCAGGCAAGCACUUGGCCGCGAGAGCACAAUCCCCCUUUGGUGCGGUCGGUCUGGCCGCAGAUCGGUGCAAACGCGUAGUGGGUUUAGGUGGUAGCGGUUCCUCUCUGACAAAACUAUUACCGCCACCUUUGGCUGAACCCGCGGCCCUUGCAGGGAAUGCGAUCGACGCGUUUGGUGCUGCGUCCACUCUCCUUCUGUCUCUAUAUCGCAAAGAAGUGAUUGAAGAACAGUUCCGUUUGACUCGUCUGGCGGACGCAGCGAUCCAGAUCUUUGCGAUGGUGUGCGCAUUGUCAAGAUCAGCGAAAGCGCUUCAGGAGCACUCCCAGUUGGCCGACUACGAACUUCAUUUGGCCAAGCUCGUUUGCUAUCAGGGGUCGAAAACCAUCGAUCAUUGUCUCUCCGAAUUGGACAAGUCUGCUGAUGGAAAAUGCUUCGAUCUGAUCCAGUCUGUCAGUUCCCGUUUGCUCCAACAAGGCGACGUUGUCUGCCCUUCGCCAUUGGGCUUUUGAGCCGUCUACCCAGUGUCAACAACUGUGAUGGUACAACUGUGCAUUAUUAAAAUCUUCACAUCACUUACCCUACCCCUCACUGGAUCACUGGUUGUGCCGUAGAUUCUUUUCGCUUUGACCGAUGAUUUCCCUUACUUAUCGCUUGUUUCUUUGUUAUUAUGCUUAUUUUUCCACGCACUAUAUCAUUUCUCACUUGCU